AUGUGUUCCCCGAUAGGGUGCAUCCCGGGCAUCGAGGCUGAUUCCCCUGGCGCGCCGUCAGUUUCUAUCGAGCCUGCCACGCCAUCAUCUUCGGGAAUUGGCGCAGCAACGACCUCGCCUGCGCCGCUGUCUCCUGGGAAUGCUGCCGCGUCGUCAGGCCCGGGAUCCUCUGCACCGAGCUCAUCACCAACAGCGGCUACUUCUAUUUCACCUGUUGCACAACCUGAUCCGGCGGCCUCCCCAACUGUCCCGGCUGAUGGGACGUCCAGGAUCUUGGUCCCCGGAUCCUCUGCGACUCCUCCGGUGCAGCCACCCUCUACUCGGCCAACAACACACCUCUCCCGCGGUAUAUUCAAACCCAAACAAUACUCUGAUGGCACUAUACGCUAUGGUAUGCACACUGCAGUAUCUACAGGUGAACCAGCCAAUCUUGAUCAAGCCCUUGCAAGCAAGGAGUGGUCAGCAGCUAUGGAUCAUGAGUAUCAAGCAUUACUACGGAACAAGACGUGGCAUCUUAUGGCGAGUGCCUUGACUGAGGUCACCUCUGUUAUUGGCAAGCUUAUGACCCUGCUUGGAGAAGAGUACACAAUGCUGACGGGCAUGAAGAAGGAGGUGAACUUUUUGAAGGAUGAGCUGAGCAGCAUUAACGGCCUCCUUCAGAGGCUAGCAGGAAUCGAUAGUGACCUCGAUGUGCAGACCAAGGAAUGGAGAAGACAAGUGCAGGAGAUGUCUUAUGACAUAGAGGAUUGUAUCGACGACUUUAUGCAUCGCAUUGGCCAUAAUGCCAUGGUUAAUUCUUCAGGUCUUGUCCACAGGUUUGUUCGGCAGCUUAAGGUGCUGAGAGCGCGCCAUCAAAUUGCCAGCCAAAUCAAAGAGCUCAAGGCACGUGUUGAAGAUGCUAACAAGCGCCGCAUGAGGUACAGAUUUGAUGAGCGUGCCUUUCAAUCUACCCCGACUACUGCCAUUGACCUGCGCUUGCCAUCACUGUAUGCUGAACAAGACGGGCUUGUUGGUAUUGACAAGCCGAGAGAUGAUCUUGUCAGUCUGCUAAUGGAGGGGGAGGGAUCAUCAGUGCAGCACCUGAAAGUGAUAUCUGUUGUUGGUCCUGGGGGUCUUGGUAAAACCACUCUUGCAUGUCAGGUUUACCGUAGAUUAGAAGGCCACUUCCAGUGUCAAGCUUUUGUUUCGUUGUCACAACAGCCUGAUUUAAAGAAGAUCUUAAGAAAUAUACUCUGUCAAGUCAGCCAGCAAGAGUAUCUUAACAUGGAAAUAUGGGAUGAGGAGAAGUUUAUCAAUGCAAUCCGAGAUUUUCUACAGAGCAAAAGGUACUUCAUUGUUAUUGAUGAUAUAUGGAGUACUCAAGCAUGGAAGACCAUCAAAUGUGCUUUGUAUGUGAACAAUUGUGGAAGCAGAAUUAUGACAACACGCAUUGUUUCUAUUGCCAAGUCGUGUUCCUCUCCUCACUCUGAUCAUGUCUAUGAAUUAAUGCCUCUUAGUACAGAAAACUCGAAGAGUCUAUUCUUCAAACGAAUCUUUGGCUCAGAAGAUACAUGCCCUCCACAAUUGGAAGAAAUUUCCUUUAAAAUCUUGGAAAAAUGCAAGGGUUCAUCAUUGGCCAUUCUCACAAUAGCUAGCUUAUUGGCUAAUAAAGUCAGUACGGAAGAAGAAUGGGACAGAGUAUACAGCUCAAUUGGUUCAACAUUGGAAAAAGAUCCUUACGUGGAAGAAAUGAGAAGGAUAUUAUCCCUUAGCUAUGAUGAUCUCCCCCACCAUUUAAAGACGUGUUUACUAUAUCUAAGUAUAUUUCCAGAAGAUUAUGAGAUCGAGAGGGAUCGACUUGUGAAAAGGUGGAUCGCUGAAGGAUUUAUUGAUACAGAACAUGGACAAGAUUUGCAGGAAAUAGGAAAAUGUCAUUUUAAUGAUCUUAUUAACAGAAACAUGGUUCAGCCAGUGAAAAUCCAAUAUGAUGGUCAAGUUGAUUCAUGCCGUGUCCAUGAUAUGAUUCUUGAUCUCCUUGUAUCCAAGUCAAUUGAAGAAAACUUUGCCACUUUUGUUGGUGACGAAAAUAAGAAAUUAGUGCUAAAAGGGAAGGUUCGCCGUCUGUCUCUCAACUACUAUUCCCAAGAUGCCAUGCUUCCAUCGACAGCGAUUAUUUCCCAUUGUCGGUCACUCAGUGCUUUUGGGUAUUCAGAUCAGAUGCCUUCUCUUGUAAAGUUUCAAGUUCUUCGGGUGCUUGAUAUAGAAAAUAGUGAGGAGAUGGAACACAAAUAUUUUGAACAUAUAAGGAGGCUUAUUCACUUGGAGUACCUUAGACUAGAUCUAAGAAGCGUCGCUGCGCUGCCUGAACAACUAGGAGAGCUACAGCAUUUACGGACCUUGGAUCUAGGAGGGACAAAGAUAACAAAAUUACCAAAAAGCAUUGUUCAACUGCAAAAUUUGACAUGUUUGCGUGUCAGUAAUUUGGAAUUACCUGAAAAGGUUGGGAACUUGCAUGCACUGCAGGAGCUAUCGGAGAUCAAAAUCAGCCAAAACUGUUCGGCCUCUACUUUGCUGGGGUUGGGCAGUCUGACGAAACUGAGAAUUCUUCGUCUGCGCUGGUGCAUUGUCAACUCACACACUUACACCAGAGCUCUUGUUGAUAACUUGCUCUCAUCGCUCCACAAACUUGGCAGACUCAAUCUACGGUCUCUAUGCAUUCAUGGUUAUUUAUCUCUUCGCGUUCAGGAUUAUUAUGGCCGUUCCUUAGAUUUCUUGAUGGAUUCUUGGUUCCCCACCCCUCAUCUACUCCAGAAGUUUGAGCUGAGCUUGGACUACUAUUUCCCCAGAAUUCCAUCUUGGAUAGCAUGGCUUGGUAAGCUCACGAACCUAAAAGUCAAUGUUGAUCCAGUAGAAAACGAAACACUGGAGACCCUAGGAAAUUUACCUUCCUUGAUGUGCCUCUGGGUGACAUCAAAAGCAGCAAACCCAAAAGAAAGGCUUGUAGUACGAAGCGGCAAGUUCAUAUGCCUGAAGGAGUUCCACUUCACCUGCUGGAGCAACAGGUCUGGGAUGAUGUUUGAAGCAGAUGCCAUGCCAAAUCUCGAGAAGCUGUGUAUUUCAUUCAAUGCAAGCACCAGUCUUUCUUUUGCCAUCUGGCACCUCUCUUCGCUUAGCCAUCUUGUCGUUGAGAUCAUUUGCAGUGGUGCAACGGUUCAGGAAGUGGAGGCACUCGAAGAAGAUAUCAGGAGCACAGCCAAUCUCCUUCCAAACCGACCCACUCUUGAGGUUAGAAUGUGGGAUGAAGAAAACAUGGCGAAAGAGGAAAACAUGACUGAAGGGGAGGUCUCCACAAGCAGCUGA